AGGGGAGAGCUUGAAGCAGUCCAGCCACAGCGCUGACGACUGCCUCAACCCCCCACCAUUGUGGUGGAAGGUAUCCGCAUCUUCUCAAGACACGACACAAACGCCAUCGCGCCCUGACUGCGAAAAACACCUCGGCAAUCUGUACGAGGGCUUCCACUUUUCCGCCGGCUCACCGUUGCCUAAGAUGACCGCUCCACCUCCCAUAGUGCUCGAUGGCGGCACCGGCUUUCUCAAGGUCGGUUAUGCGGCCCAGAACUUUCCCGAGUUCCAGUAUCCUUCCAUUGUGGGUCGGCCGAUCCUCCGGACUGAGGAGAAGGGCGGCAGCGAAAUGGUAAUCAAGGACAUCAUGUGCGGCGACGAGGCGGCUGCCGCGCGCACAAUGCUACAAAUUAGCUACCCAAUGGAGAAUGGCAUCGUCAAGAAAUGGGACGACAUGCAGCACCUGUGGGACUAUACCUUUUACGAGAAGAUGAAGAUCGACACGCGCGGCCGCAAGAUCCUCCUCACCGAACCCCCCCUUAAUCCUCUCAAAAAUCGCGAGCAAAUGUGCCAAGUCAUGUUUGAGCGCUAUGACUUUGGUGGUGUAUACGUUGCUAUCCAGGCGGUGUUGGCCUUGUAUGCCCAGGGUGUCGUUGUCGACUCUGGUGAUGGCGUAACCCAUAUUGUCCCCGUCUACGAAUCGGUCGUCCUUAACCAUCUUACCCGUCGUCUCGACGUCGCUGGCCGCGAUGUCACUCGCAACCUGAUUGCGCUCCUUCUCCGCAGAGGCUACGCGCUCAAUCGGACGGCCGAUUUCGAGACCGUUCGCCAGAUUAAGGAGAAGCUAUGCUACGUAUCAUAUGACCUGGAGCUUGACAAGCGGUUGAGUGAAGACACGACAGUACUUGUGGAGAGCUACACUUUGCCAGAUGGUCGCGUUAUCCGCGUGGGUUCCGAACGUUUCGAGGCGCCCGAGUGUCUCUUCCAGCCCCACCUUGUCGACUGCGACCAGCCAGGCAUUGCCGAGUUUCUUUUCAAUACCAUCCAAGCCGCUGACGUCGAUGUUCGUUCGUCGCUCUUCAAGGCCAUUGUAUUGUCAGGUGGCAGCAGCAUGUACCCCGGCUUGCCAUCGCGCCUAGAAAAGGAGAUUAAGCAGCUGUGGCUUACAAGAGUGCUUGGUGGGAAUCCCGAACGGCUGAGCAAGUUCAAGGUCAGAAUAGAAGACCCACCGCGAAGGCGGCACAUGGUAUUCCUUGGAGGUGCGGUCCUCGCCAACAUUAUGGCGGACAAGGAGAGCAUGUGGAUCACGAAGCAGGAGUGGGAGGAGCAAGGCCCGCGGGUACUGGAGAAGCUUGGGCCAAGAUAAGAUAGAGAAGAUAGUUAGGUGAGAGCCAGCUAGCAGGCGUUGCUUAGUUGCUUAGUUAUUUGCUGCCUAGGUAGAUGUCGAAGAAGGAAAAAAAAGAUAUCGACUGGUUUUUUCUCCUAGCA